UCUGUGCUCCGAUCUCUCGAUUUAGCUGCAAGUCCCAAAUCAUUGGUGUCUUAUCAAAGUGAUUAUUUUGAUGAAGAGAGAAGUAAUAAUGAUAAAUCUAAAGAAGGUGAAAAGUCAGUCGAGAGAACUGUCAAUAUGGAUGCUCUAAAAUCUAAGUUUUUUUAAACAGCGCGCCAAUUGUUGAUGCUAAGGAAGGAAUUGAUAAGACACAUCGAUCCUUCAAUGAAAGAUGUUACAUUUAAUGCAAAGUAUGACGAACUCUUUUCUGCUUCGAUUGGACCACAAAAUCCAUUUAAAACGAAGCAGCAAAGAGCACAUAAAAAUAUGUUGUCUGGCUAUGUUGAGCCAGCUCAUAUCAGUAAAUUUCAAUUUGAUAAUCAACUAAAAACAUUCUCAAGUUACGGUUAUGCAUUAGAUCUAAGUGAUGACACAGCUCACAUUGAAGAGAAGUUAGUUACAAUAUAUGUAUAUAAUAUUGUUACAAUGUGCUUAUAGCAUAACUAUGAUAUAGCAUACAUCUUCAACCAUAGUCAUGUUAGUGCAAGAACACACAUCUCUCCAAAAUUUUAUGUGUUUUACAUUGUGGAGAUGAUUUAUUGUAGUGUAGAUUGAUACUAAAACCCAAUACAAAUCAACUUUUUCAUCGUUUAUUAGUUUCCAGACUAACUUUUUAUACAUAAUUCACAAUAUGUAGAGGGUAUUAAACAUUCCUACAUCAAA